UUGUGUUGGGAUAAAUGUCCAGACUGGAGGUGGCACUGGCUACUUUACUGAUGUCCGUCCCGUCGUGCCCCUCCUCCAGCAAGGCAGAGGGACACGCCGCAGGAUUCGGCACAAAGUCCCAGUCACUCACUGCACACAUGAGGCGCGUCACAAGCCACCAGCGAGCACGCGGCGGAAACGAAGUGGAAGCCGUCCAAGAAAACUGAGAGAAACCGUGGAUUUUACCGAGAAGAAACCAUCAUAUUAAAUCUUUACAAGCAGGGCGGUGAUCCAAGGCAGGUGUCAGAGAGUGUUGCCGUCAUCUGCUAACAAUUUGAGCGCUCUUGUAUUGUGGUUGCUGCGCGACGACCGACGGCAUCGUUCACGAGCGAGUUUCUGUCCCACUACAAUCACACCAGCCAUUCAUGCUUCGUUUACAGAGUCAUACCACAAGAGGAAAUUGCAACGUAAGUUUGCACAGUGCCUGCUUUGAAGUAGGUUGUAGCUGUAAUUAAUUUUACAGCCACCACGUGAGUGGGAUGAAACGAGCAUUAAGUGGGCACACCCGCGGGAUAUGAUACCUAACACACUCAGAAACUUCAGCCAGAUCAUCGGACCUUAUUGAGCGCUUGUGCAACGCCUGGGAUCGGCGUUCAAAUCCCACUGAAUGAUCGUUGCACUCGAGAACCGUGCGCUUCUGGAGAAAGGACACGCAACUAGAAGCGCGCUCACAAUGAUAAUGUUUUUAAUCUGAGUGCAUUGGACUUUGUGUGUUUUUAAGUUACAGACAGUUUUAUUUAAACUCUUUGAAAGAGUUCAAGCUGCUGAACCCACAUUAUUGAUCCUGAUGAAAAUGAUGGCAGUAUUAUGGGAUGACCCGUUCACGUUGCUGUGGAGACGGACUCUAAUUUAUUCUCUUCUGGUGUUCUUGAUGAGUGGAGCGCGCACCUUUGGAGAUGAAACCUUUAAUGGAGAGUCAUGGCUGCGGAUGUACGGCUACCUCCCGCAGGCCAGCAGGCAGAUGUCCACCAUGCGCUCAGCUCAAAUCUUGUCGAACGCCAUCAGCGACAUGCAGCGCUUUUACGGGCUGGAGAUCACUGGAGAGAUGGACCACGUCACCAUCGAGGCCAUGAAGAGACCCCGCUGUGGCGUCCCAGACAAGUUUGGGGGUCAAAUCAAGACCAAUGUACGGCGGAAACGUUAUGCCCUCACUGGCCACAAGUGGGACAAGACCCACAUAACUUUCAGUAUUCAGAACUACACGCCUAAGAUCGGGGAGUACAACUCAUACGAGGCCAUCCGAAGGGCCUUCAAAGUGUGGGAGAAGGUGACGCCGCUGACAUUUGAUGAGAUUCCUUUCUAUGAGGUCAAAUACGGCCGUCGGAAGGAACCUGAUAUUAUGAUCUUCUUCGCAUCUGGAUUCCAUGGUGACAGUUCACCGUUUGACGGAGAGGGGGGUUUCCUGGCACAUGCUUACUUCCCUGGUCCCGGGAUGGGUGGAGAUACUCACUUCGACUCAGAUGAGCCGUGGACCAUUGGCUCACAAAACCUACAAGGUAAUGAUCUGUUCCUGGUAGCCGUACAUGAGCUGGGCCAUGCCCUCGGACUGGAACACUCCAAUAAUCCUUUGGCUAUUAUGGCUCCUUUCUACCAGUGGAUGGACACGGAAAACUUUGAGCUGCCUGAGGAUGAUCUCCGCGGGGUCCAGCAGAUUUACGGACCACCCAGCAGUUCUCCGACUCAGGCUCUCCCCACUGUGACCCCUCGGCGUCCAGCCCAUCCAGAUCCCAGGGCACCUCAACCCCCUAAGAACCCUCCCGGAGCGCCCCCUCGCCGGCCGGACAGGCCUCGCACCACUGAUCGCCCAGAUCACUACGGCCCAAACAUCUGUGAGGGCAAUUUUGACACAGUCACCAUGCUCAGGGGAGAAAUGUUUGUCUUUAAGGGUCGCUGGUUCUGGAGAGUGAGGAGGAACAGAGUGCUGGAUAACUACCCCAUGCCGAUCGGACACUUCUGGAGGGGUCUGCCGGGAGACAUUGACGCUGCAUAUGAAAGGCAUGAUGGGCGAUUUGUGUUUUUCAAAGGAAGUCAGUACUGGUUGUUCAGGGAAGCCAACUUGGAGCCUGGCUACCCUCAAGAACUGAUGGAUUAUGGCAGAGACAUCCCAUAUGACAAGAUAGACACAGCCAUCUGGUGGGAACCCUCAGGCUUCACUUACUUCUUCAAAGGAGACUGGUACUGGCGCUUUAAUGAGCACUCCAGAGCUGCGGAUCAGGACUACCCUAAGCCAAUUAGUGUGUGGGGCACUUCUGUGCCGUCUUCUCCCAAGGGGGCUUUCCUCAGCGAUGAUGGAGCUUAUACGUACUUCUACAAAGGUACAAAGUACUGGAAAUUUGACAACCACAGAAUGACGAGUGAGCCGGGCUACCCAAAGUCCAUUCUUAGAGACUUCAUGGGCUGUAAUGUGGACCUUGAUCCUGACAGAGACACCGACGUGGACCCGGGACGCAAGUGGCCUGAUCGGCCACCCUUCAACCCGGAUGCUGGCCGAGACAAAGACAAAGACAAGGAAAAGGAAAAGGACAAAGAGAGAGACAACACCAAUGACGUUGACUCUAAAGAAGGGACGGAAGAGAAAACAAAUGAAGUGGACGUGGUUCUGAAGAUAGAUGAAACGGAGCGUACCAUGAACAUCAUCAUGGUGACGGUACCCCUGGUCCUGGUGCUGUGCAUCUUGGGAUUGAUCUACGCUAUUAUUAACACACUACAGAGGAAAGGAGCACCCAAGUAUUUAGUUUACUGCAGACGUUCACUGCAGGACUGGGUUUAACCUCUCAGAAUGACCUCCGAUCCUUCCAUUUCACAUGCCCAAAAACUUUGCACACACAAAACACCAACAUAAACACACACACACACACACACAUACACUCACACUUUCAUGUUCACCCUUCUUUUCCUUUCCCAUGGUGCUUUCCUAACAUGUUGUCUAGUCUAUUUAUAUCAGAAAGUUUGCACAUUGAUUUUGUUGUUGGGUUUUUCUUUUCAUAACAUUUUAUUUGAUUUUAUUUUGAAUCAGGUUUUUGUGGGUUUUUCUUGAUUUCUAUUUUUAAGAUGUCACAAUCUAGAUCUCUAAUCACAGUGUAAAAGAUGAACAGGAAGUCUUGCAGAGCAUAAAGAGAGGAAAAGGAAAGCGGAGAAAGGAAUAUCUCGCUUAGGAAUAUUUCUGCAUCCAUUCACCUUUUCUCAGGACUCUCAGCUGUGGUUUUCCAACUGACCGGGCAAGUCAUAAUACAUCAUCAUAAAGACCAUAAGGACUGUGGCCACUUCUAUCAUAACUUGUUGAUAAUAUGUUGAUAUACAGUGGGGUCCAAACGUCUGAGACCACAUGGAAAGUCUAAUUUAAACCUGAAAAUAAACAAAGUUUCAGGAUUUAAAAAAAAAAAAAAAAAAAAAAAGUAAAAUACAUUUUGUCAUAAGUUUUUUUUUUUUUUUUUUUUUUUUCCUUUUUAAUUUAUUUUUGUUUAUGCAGCUUGAGUGUUGCUGUCAAAGCAAAUAAAUUCAUGUUAAUUUUUCAGUUCAAACUGUUAUUCUAAUAAUAUUUUUAAUGUAGAAAGCAUUUAUUGCAUUAAAAAAUUGAAACAUUUUCAACUAGUGGUCUCUGACUUUUCGACCUUCCUUUUUGGAGUCAAUUCACAAGCAACUGGACCUGGUUUAACUAAGUCCAGUUGCGUUUGAUUUAAUUUUAUCUGCUAUUUCUUUUGGUGUCAUAAAAUAGGGACUUUUCUCUAAACUUUGCUUACCUAGUGCGAUCGUAACCAAGUCACAUUUUAUUGCCCCUUGUUUUAACAUGUUUUAUGUGGUUCCGUCCAAAUUUGUAGAGCCCUCCUGACUUCUUUCUUGCAAGCUGGUGUGUUUUCAUCUCCAACAGUGCCGUGAUACUGUGGCGAUUAUAAUUUUUAUUGUCUGAGAAGCAUAACAUUUCGGUUGGUUUCAUUAAGGGGGUUUGAAAAAGCUCGAGGCAUUGAGAGAGAUUGUACGUUUGCUGGUGCUGGAGCCAUUUGCUGAGUUUAUAUUUAUAUAAUAGCUUUACAUUGUUCAAUCAAAUGAAAAUAUGAAAAAUAGAACUAUAAAAUACAUACCACUAGUGUACACCAUUUAAAACUCAGUAAAAUACACUUGAAAAAAGCUUCUUGGGGCCUAAUUAUAAAUAAAAGCCUUAGUAGGGGCCCACUGUUGUAGGGAAUGUUAGGUAAUAGUCUAAUUUAAAAAAACAGCAGGGGGUGAAAGCCAUUGGUAACCUCCUUCUACCCAAACCCAAAGCUCUCCCUAACAAAGAAAUAUCACUUAGAGGUGGGCUGAGACGAGAGGGGAAAAAAGCAGGGACAACUGUGAGUUCAAAAGGAAAGGGUGAAGAUGCAGAAACCUUAUAUCUUAAGUCUUUGCGAAAGGGCUUAAAGUGUGUUAGUAGAGUCUGAACUAGAUUGUAUUACAGUGAUGGGGAUAUUUUAGGGGUGGGGGUGUAAGAAACAAACAGGCGGGAGUAGGUUAAACCCAUUGCAAGCGCCCUCUCGAAGGCUGAAACGUACACAAGUAUGAGAUCAUAUAUAAUUUAGUCGUCUCAAUUUUAUGUGCUGCAUUCUCAGAAUUGCCUCAAGGGGCGCUAUAUCAGACAUUAGUGUAAACAUAAUGGUGACUUCCUCCACAACCAAGAAUGAAUUUUUCAUCCAUGGCCAGAUAUUCGAUUACUGCCAGGAAGCAACAGUUUGAGAAUCUUGCUGAGCAAGUUUUAGUUAAACUGUAGACAUGUUUCUAGCUAGCUACCUGAAUAAAACAUUUAAUGAUACUUGACAUUUGAAGGUAACUCCAUUGCCUCGCCUUGAGUACUAAGUUUUGAAUACCAAUGCACAUUAAGUGUAUCCGCCGACGAGACCAAUGCACUUUGCAGUGCAUUGGUCUCGCAUUGACAUCUGCGUUAGCAUACUUGCUUAGAGUAUAUUUUUGGCCUAAGCUUGAGCCGCUUGGUAGAUAGCGUGUGUAGCAAUGCCAUCCCUAUAUGAGAGCUUGUUGGCACACAGUCCCAUGGCCCACAUUGCCAAGGUCCACUGCCAGUUAUUUUUGGAGCGCAUUCCUUGACCAGCAGAGGAAAUAGGAUCCCUGUUUCAUUCACGACUUAUUCAUGCUGAUGUGAUCUACUAGGCAAAAUAGACAAAUUAGGCAAGUUUCCUAACGUUGUAAGAUAUAACUGCUGUCAGGUAGGUCUGUGUUUGCUUUCUGUGGUGUUUGCUUAGUCUUAUGUCUAAUCUACAUAAACACAGCUAGUAUACUAGGACACGGAAGGCAUUGAAAAACAAACCGCUGCCACUUUUUAAAGUGCCUCUGACAAAAUCUCAGUCAUUUACCCUUCGCAAUCAGCGAGAGAGUACCUCCUUUUGUAGCAGAAGAGGUAGACGUAGAGGAGAGAACGAAAGUGAGUGGUAUUAUAAAUAUUGCUCUGUCAGACAAGGUAGAGCAGAAAGCACUUUGAUAAAUAUUAUUGGAAGAGUAGAGGAGACGCAGGACAGUCAUGAUCGGAAUGCUGUCACUGAUGAAUCCCACCGAAUACCGUUGCCAGGCGAUCCGCCCCUCCUCGUAGUGCUCCUGUCGUCCGAGGAGAUUUGGAGGAGAGUUAAUCAGACAUAAAAGCUCUUCCAUCCCUCCCCCAAUGCCCUUUACCUUCUCCUCCACUUGGCCAGAUCAAUGAGGAAUACAUAAACAGGCUUGAAGGAUAUCUGAAACGCUCACUCUCAGGGGCUCACUCAGGCCUUAUUCCUGUCUUGUUCCCACUACAGCCCAUUCUUUGUCUUAUUUUAAUACUCCUUUAUGGCCUUUUCCAUAAUGUGCCACUUUUUUUUCUUAAACGUACCAUGAUAUUAGCAUGGUCUUUGGGACAUACUGUAGUAACCUGGUAUUACCAUUUUUUUUGGACACAACCAUGAUGGUUAUGCAAUUGUAUUAUUAUUACCUUAGAGCCAAAAUCAUCUACAUCAAUAGGGUAAUAAUUUCUUUGAGGUCCUUAGGUACACAUCUUUGGAGCCCCAUUCCUCCUAUUUCCACCCCUAGUGGUAAACAGCUUAUCUUGCAUUAGGCAACAAAAUUAGGGAAAACAUGUUUUGGUAGGAUUGUCACUUUGGUGACUGUAAUAGUGAUCCUAGGGGACUCAAAAGGUCAGCAAAUGUUGUAUUCCUAACGGUUAGUCUGGGCUGUAUUCACUGAGAGGCGUUAGUGGUCCAUUUUCUCUGUAUUAGCUGAGGGGCCCUAUUUGUCAGAAGGGGCCCAGGGCCCUAGUGGUCAUGUCCCAUUGUAUGUGCCCGGGGGCCCUAGUGGUCAUGUCCCACUGUAUGUGCCCAGGGGCCCAGGGCCCUAGUUGUCAUGUCCCACUAUAUGCGCCCAGGGCCCUAGUGGUCAUGUCCCACUGUAUGCGUUCAGGGCCAUAGAAGUCAUGUCCCACUGUAUGUGCCUGGUGGCCUGGGGCCCUACUGGUCAUGUUCCACUGUAUGUGCCCAGGACCCUAGUGGUCAUGUUCCACUGUAUGUGCCGAGGGCCCCGGGCCCUAGUGAUCAUGUCCCAUUGUAUUUGCCUGGGGGCCCUACUGGUCAUAUCCCACUGUAUGUGCCCAGGGCCCUAGUGGUCAUGUCCCACUGUAUGCGGUCAGCUUGAGCUGUAUACACCAAUGACCCUUGUGAUGAGUCCCCUAUGCCAGUCCUUUUAACGGUCUUUGGCACAGCUGUAGGCAUUGGUGGCCCCUGGGAACUGGCACCACUGGUUCGGUCCAUAAUCCAGUCCAGAUGGUAUCUGAUACAUUCGCUGUCUCUGAUGUUACCAUCAGAGUAAGGUUUCAAGGGCACUAAUCUAAUAUGCAUAAAAACUGUAUUACUAAGUAUGUUUGUUUCUACACUGAUUUUUUUUUUCAGAGAUGAUAAGGGUGACUAAACAAGAUUGUGGUAGACAAUGACUGAUAAUCAAAACAGUCUGUUUAUUUGUUAGUAUGUGAUAGUGUAGGUUUUAAGGUCUAAUAUUUUCACCGUCAUCUCAAAUCAACUCUUGGCCAAGUUUAGGACUGGCUCUUAUAACAAUGGCCCCUCUCUCUUGCUGCAUUAUUGUCCUGCACAUUGCUUCUGGCCAACAGGAAGAUAGACUGGGCCCACAGCCAGGGCCACAAAGCUUCCUCCCACCAGCCCUCACACUAGCAUUGCAUACUAACAACAGCCUCUGUUCAGAAAGCUUUGAGUGUGAAUCAUGGAUGUUGACCGUUUUGGUCACACCGUUCCCAUAAACGCAGCUCAGGACCACUGCUAUUUUAUGCAAUGAUGGGUUUUUCAUCACAGUUAAAUGGAGUUUGACCACCCAAAUGGACAGUACAGUGACGCUACAUAUGCCGUGUGACUUCUUUCUGUGUAUGUAUAUUCUCCUGAUAUAAGCUUGAGCUCUGAUCAGAGGUGCCUCUAAGAACAUCCGUCCACACCAUUUAUUAACCAGCUGCAGCUAUUCGACUGCAAUCAUUGUUGACUUACUGAAUAAAUAGCCAAAAAAAAAAGGUUGAGACAAUAUGUUGUCUUCACCUUUGUUGAGUCAGCUGUGUAGAAUGAGACAGUGUGCAUUAUUCUGUGUCAAGGGUAGAUUCAAUAUCAAAUCAACCCUGUUGUGUGACAACGCGUCUAGGCAUGCACACUGUCUUGAAGGGAAUCUCACUUUACUUAAUGAGCCUUACAAAAACAUGCUGUUUAAAACUAGACAAAGCAUUUCAGACAAAAUAUGCAGUAGUAGCAAAUCACUAACAUUUAAAGCAAUGCUGUUUAUGUGCACAAAGUUGUGCUGCAGUGUUUUCUUAAACACCUCAUCAUCUUUAUUAAUAAUGGUAAAGUGAAAUUUAGAUGGUCAUGUUUUCAGUUAAUAUUUUUCUUAAUAUUAUCUUAAAUUUGGUCAUUUUUAAAAUUGUAAAUAGUACCUUUUCAAUAUUUUUCUUUUGUGUUUUUUUUAGAUUUCUACCUGUUAAUAACAUUCCGAUUUGUGUUUUUGAUUUUUUCUUAUGUAGAAACUGAGGAUUUUAUACAUUUGUGUUUGUUCACAUCUUCCGAGUGUGUUUAACGAUCCAUGCUGGACAUGUAAACAAUAAUAAAAGAAUAAAAGAUGUUAAAGAA